AUUUUAUUUUCUCAUUAAAAAAGAAACUAAAUUAAUAGCUGAAUAGUUUUUAAAAUAAAUAUAAGUUGAUGGCUGCUAGAAAUAUAUUUUGGUCACAAUGGCUUGCUUGUAUUAUCGUAUCACUUGCCGUUUUAUCAGCUGGUCUUUCAAAUGGAUGGACAUCACCAUUUUUAGCAAAGCUAACAAUUCCAAAUAUCGAAACGUCAUUUAAAUUAACUGAAUCUGAAGCAUCUUGGGUUGCUUCAUUAGUAAAUCUUGGUAGAUUUUUUGGUGUUAUUAUCGGUGCAAUAUUGCAAGGAAUUGUUGGUAGAAAAAAUACAAUUUUAAUGGCUACUUUGCCAAUAACAAUUGGCUGGUCAUCAAUGAUAUUUUCAAAUUCAGUAUUAUGGUUGUAUUCUGCAAGAAUUUUUUGCGGCAUUGGCUCUGGUAUAACAUGGUCGGCAAUAUCACUCUACAUUAGUGAAAUUGCUGACUCUUCAAUUCGUGGUUCUUUGAUUCUUUUGACAACAAAUACAGCAUCAUUUGGUGCAUUGUUGGGAAAUAUAAUAGGUCCAUAUUUAAAACUCGAAGAAUUUGGAUAUGUUGUUUUAACAAUAAUCAUAAUUUUUAUAAUAUUAUUUUCAUUUAUUCCCGACUCACCUUAUUAUUACAUACUCAUGAAUAAUGAAAAAAAAGCUGAACAAUCAUUAAAAUGGUACAAACCAAAUGCCAUUAUAUCAAAAGAAAUAAAUGAAAUAAAAUUAUUCAUUGGAAAUGAUAAUUUAAAUUUAAAAGAAAAAUUAAUGGAAUUUAAUAAGCCAAAUAAUCGUAAAAAUAUUAUAUCAUUAUUGAUAUUAAAUAUAUUUUUAUUAUUAAGUGGUCAUAAUAUUAUGAGUUAUUAUGCUGAAAUAAUAGUAAUUAAAAGUAAAAUUAAUAUUAAGCCAAGUAAUGUUGUUAUUUUACUUGGUUUUUGUACUGUUAUUGCUGGUAUUACAGCAACAUUUGUUAUUGAUAAAUUUGGAAGACGUUUUUUAUUAAUAUCAUCAAGUAUUGGUACAUGUUUAUCAAUGAUUAUUCUUAGUUUGCAUUUUCAUCUUUUAUCAUUAAAUUAUCAUCCAAAUAAUUUAAUAGCUCUUCCAAUAAUUGGUCUUUUAUUAUUUAAUUUUUCGAUAUCACUAGGAAUGAUUCCAGUACCAGGUGCAUUAUUGGGUGAAUUAUUUGAACAUAAUACUAAAACAUAUGCAUCAAUGUUUUUUUCUGGUAGUUUAUCAAUAUUAUCAUUUUUAACAACAAAAACAUUUCAACCUGUGCUUAAUAUUAUUGGUGAAAAAUAUAUAUUUUUAUUAUUUUCAUUUGGAGCAUUUUUUACAGCACCAUUUACGUAUUUUUUUAUUAACGAAACAAAAGGUAAAACACUUGUUGAUAUUCAAAAAAAUUCACAAACAUUGUCUAUUGACAAAAAGGGUGUUAAUACAAUUAGUAGUUAACAAUUAGUUUAAUAAUUAUUUAAUUUAUUAAUUAUAAAAUAUUUUAUUAAUCAAUAAAUAUGUAUUUAUAUUUUUUUUCAUCAACUAAAUGUACUUGUUUUAUUUUUUUUGUUUUUUUCGCUAUGAUUUUUCGAGUAUCAGAUAUGUUUAUUUUUAAUUAUUGGUGUAACAUUAAUUGUCGAUACAUACAUUGAUCUUUAAUAUUCACUGUGCAGUCAGAAGCAUUUUAAUGUGUCUUUUUUUUUUUUCGAUUUCAAGCCUGUUGCCAAGCUAGAGAAUCGAAAUAGCGUCGCUUGAGGGCAAUACACCAUUUGCUAAUUAAUAUUUAAUACAAAUUUUUUAUAACUUUAGAUAUAGUUAAAAAUAUAAACUUUAAGAAUUUAAGUUUGAAUUUAUAAUUUAUACAUGCUUAUCAUUGAAUAAUUUAAAUGUACUUUGAUUUAUUUAUUUAAAUGUUGAUUUUAAUAAGUUAUAAUAAAAUUUUUUCUAUUUUAAUUUUAUUCUUCUAAUGUAAAUAAAAAUAAUCUAUGACUUUUAUAUUUUUUCGAUGGAAAAUAUUGUAUUUAUACUAAAGAAAUGCUAUCAGCUGUUGUAGUCAUAAUAAUAUUGAAAUAUUUUCACG